AUGACGAAAAACAAUUUGGCUGGGCAUCUUCAGUGGCUAGUCAGCCGAGGCCCUUCCUUGUAUCCAUUACUUUCUGCCGAGCCUCUUCCCAUACGUCCGAGUCACGCAUCUCAACAGCCUACGCCGCCCUCAGAUGAAAACGAACUAUACUUGGAGACUAUUUUGGAGGACACCGAGAAUACGCCUGGCGAUAGCAUGGCAAGACUAGUGCAUAUGCCUCAGUCUACUAAGAAGCCUCAGUCAAUCAACAUUUCUGAUACAUGGCUAGAGCAACCCUCGGCUUCUAAAAAGUCCUCAGCAAACCAUUCGGUCCAAGUACCCCAGCUCGACCCAUCGUUAUCAUCUUUAAAAGCUGUCCGACCCAAAGCGACUCCCCUCCGAUCAAACAAGAUUUUUGAAAGCUCAUCCUUUGACGGUAUUGAGUCGAUUGAUUUGACCGGCGAACCAGAACGAACCAUACCCCUUUCUUUGUUCAAACCAAAAUUUGGAGAGCCUCGUCGACUAUGGGGCGAGGAAUCUGCACGCGAUGAGCCUCGUGAGGCACGAGGCAAAAAGCGAAAGAGCGAGGAAUAUUCAUCGGAUCUUCUAUCGCCCUCGAAAUCCUCGCAAAAAGUUCGUACUCUUUCAAAGGCUAGCAAAACUGCAUCGUGGACGGACCCGGUUACUAAGUUGGUGUCAACUUCGAGUCGAGCCGACCGAACAAGCCCAUCAAAUGCCACAAAAAGCCUCAAAGCCAAGUCUCCAAAGGCCUCAUCAAGCCAUCGAAAACAGGUCAUUGCUGAUUCCGAUGAUGAGGAAGAUCCAUUUGGAAGCUUGCUUGAUGAUGGAAUCGACGACAUGAUCUUGGAUGCUCCGGGAUUGUAUCCAACGUUACCCAAACUUAGUCCUUCGGACGAUGAAAAGAAAGAGAAGAAGAAAAGGAAGGACCACACCCAAGACUCACUAUUAUCAAAUGAAUCGCCUGUUCGUGUUUCAUCUUCCAUCCGGCCAGCAUCUAAAGCAACAGAACAUGCCCCGAAGAUUUCGCAGUCAUCCCCCGGGUUAAAACUGCCUAGCUCUCAAACCAAAGACGAACGGGUACUGAAGUUUCUCGCUCUACCAGCAGAUUCUCUCACGCAAUCAAUCUCGCGGUUAGAGCAAACCCUUGAAAAGAACGCGGAGAUUGUAUACGCUCAAGCAAUGCAAGGCCAGCCAGCUCCUGACUUGAUUGCUGAGAAUAAGCGACUUAUCUCCCAGAUUCAAGCAAUCAAAUCCUUGCAAACUCAAAUUGUUGCUCAUAAAGAGUGCAUGUCUCGCAAAGAAAGCCUCAAGAGAAACCUUAUGCAAGUCAUCUCUCAAGGCUUGGACCCAACAUCAAUGCCAGAGCUUGUCAAAAGUCGAGCAGUCGAAGCAGAGCUAGAAAAUAUUGAAUCAGUUAUUCUUCGGCUCAUUCCGCCGGCCGGAGUUCUAGAUUUUGCGCACGAUUCACUUGGCUCAUCUAUACAGACGUUGCAUAAAGAGCCUGUCCAUGCAGAUGUGUCUUCAAAUCAAUGCACCGACUCUGAUUUUGACUGGGACUCUCCACCUCCGCAACCUCGGCCAGUUCAGAAGAAAGACACACAUCAGAAGCAACAACAUACUUAUGUUAGCCCAAUAAAACCGAAAGUAAAUUCCCGCGAUGCAGAUGAUUUCUCAACUAGCCUCACUCGAGACAACAACAAGAGAUCUCCCGUCGCCAGAAACAUGGCUUCACCCAUAAAUCUCGAUGAUUUUGAUUGGAAUGAUAGUGAUGAUGAUCUUCUGGAGGCAACGAAAAGUCUUGAUCAGCGAAAAAAGAUGCCCGCUCAAUCACUGUACUCUAUAGAUCGUCAUAUCUUUGCAGAGACAUCUGGAAACACUCCUCAAAUGCCCCCACCAAAGAAAUCAGCUGACCCAGGCACCUUUUGGUCCAACCAUCCUUGGUCCCAGGAGGUUAAAACGGUUCUUGCCAGAAGAUUUCAUCUCCACGGAUUUCGAAUGAAUCAGCUGGAGGCUAUUGAUGCGACUCUUGGCGGAAAAGACACUUUUGUGUUGAUGCCAACCGGAGGUGGAAAGUCCCUAUGCUAUCAAUUGCCCUCUAUUGUGCAUGGUGGACGCACCCGUGGUGUAACGAUUGUCAUAUCCCCACUGCUGAGUUUGAUGGAAGAUCAGGUGGCUCACUUACAGAAACUGGAUAUCAAGGCAUUCAUGAUCAAUGGCGAAACAGAUCCGAAGGCUAAAGCAUGGAUUCUUGGGCAACUGUCUCACUGCGGUGGAGAGAGCCUGGAGCUGCUGUACAUCACGCCCGAGAUGAUCAACAAGAAUCAACAAUUGGUCAGAGCCCUCGAAAACUUGAAUCGACAAAAAAAACUUGCUCGUCUGGUCAUCGACGAAGCUCACUGUGUCAGUCAAUGGGGUCAUGACUUCCGUCCAGAUUACAAGGAGUUGGGAGAAGUCCGCGCAAGACUCCCUGGUGUGCCGCUCAUGGCUUUGACUGCCACUGCAACAGAGAACGUGAAGGUGGAUGUCAUGCAUAAUCUCAAGAUGACCGACUGUGAGGUAUUUUUGCAGAGCUUCAAUCGCCCGAAUCUUACCUAUGAGGUGCGAACUAAGGGCAAGAAUGGAGAUGUACUAAAAGAUAUUGCGGAAACAAUCAACAAGUCCUACUCAAAACAAUGUGGGAUUGUUUACUGUCUCUCGCGCAACACAUGUCAGCAAGUGGCAAAAGAUCUCAAAGAAAAGCACAAUAUCAAGGCCAGGCACUAUCACGCUGGGCUGGAUGCAAACGAAAAAUCAACUGUGCAGCGUGCAUGGCAGGCGGGAAGAUGCCAUGUCAUUGUGGCUACCAUUGCCUUCGGGAUGGGAAUCGAUAAACCUGAUGUACGAUUCGUGUUCCACCAUAGUAUCCCCAAAAGCCUCGAGGGUUAUUACCAAGAAACAGGUCGUGCUGGUCGAGAUGGCAAACGGUCUGGCUGUUUCCUCUACUAUGGCUAUCGUGAUGUCACGAUGCUCAGGCAUAUGAUUGAGAAGGGCGACGGCAGCUACGAACAAAAGUGCCGGCAAAAACAAAUGCUGCGCAACGUUGUUCAAUUCUGUGAGAACAGCAGUGAUUGUAGGCGAGUUCAAGUACUUGCCUAUUUCAAUGAAUAUUUCCGCCGAGAGGACUGUGGCAAUUCGUGUGAUAAUUGCAAAUCUGAUCUGGUGUUUGAGGAUCGUGAUUAUACCGACUAUGCUUCCUCCGCCAUCAAAAUUGUACGACAUUUCCAAAGACUGCAUGAGAAAUUAACUGUGCUCUAUUGUGCGGAUGUUCUCCUAGGAGACUUGAAAAAACCCAGAAGUCCACAACACCGACAAAUUCCAUGGUAUGGAAACGGAAGGCAACUGGAUCGAGCGGAGGUGGAGCGCCUUUUGUAUCGUCUGUUAGCUGAGGAUGCUUUGGCAGAAGACAAUGUCAUCAAUAAGAAGAAUUUCGCUGUCCAGUACCUCAUUCUUGGUCGGCGUGCCACAGAAUUUGAAACUGGGCAGCGUCGAUUGAAACUCAAGAUUCGCGUCUCUCUAAAUGGGAAAAGUCGGGGAUCUCAGCCGGCACAGAAGUCGAAGGCUGGCAGCCAAACUUAUCCACAGUCCACUAUGGUCUCAUCCCCCGUUCAGUCUGCUACCAAUGGUCGCCAAUCACGCUCACAGCGCGCCAAGCCGAUCAACUAUUCAGACGACGAUGAGAGCGAUGGAUUCGAGGAAAUUCGAGUUGCUGGUAGAUCGCAGCGAGAAAAGGCUCAUGAAAUGGGGCCGCCCAUUACUAAGGAUCAAAAAAUGGAUCAACUUGAUCACCUUCACCGUGCAGUUGUUGAGGACUUCGAGGCAACUGCUAAAGGAUACCUCCAAACUGAGAUUGUUGACAAGGGUCUUCGCGCUCAGCCUUUCCCAGACUAUAUUUUGCGUGAUAUGGCCAUUCGUUUUCCGAAAGAUUUACAUGAUCUCCGUGCUAUUCCAGGUAUCGACCAUGACAAGGUCGAUCGCUACGGCCCUCACAUUCUCAAACUUGUGGUCAAUGCCAAACGUCGUUAUCUUGAAUUAAAGAAAGACGCCGAGGACAACGCGAAGGACGAUGGAGUUGUACCGGACCCCAAUCAUCACAAUGUGAUUAAUCUCAGCAGCGGUGAUGAAUUCGAUGACGAUGAUCUUUUUGUCGACCAGAUUUCUAACUUUGAUCUCGACAAUACUACGGAAGAUCCAAUGGAUCAGACCACAGACAGCAUCACUAGCCGUUAUUUCCCUCCUCCUUCUCCAGGCAAUGCUUACGAGUCUGUCUCUGCUCCUUCCGGUUCAAAGGGACGCAAACGUGCAGCCGCUCCUAAACGUCCUCGAGCAAAGGCUGGUAGUUCCUCUAUUGGCUGGAAAUCAAAAGCCUCCAAAUCUAGAGGCUCUAGCAGCCGUCCUACAGGCCGAUCAUCUGCUGCAUCCCGAAAAACUGCUAACCCCAAGACCUCGAAGUCCACGAUUGGAAUGAUGCCUAUUUGA